AUGUCUGAAAUCGGCGAAGAAAAACCGAAGGAAAAUGUGGAGAGAGUUGUAGAAGGAUGUCGGAUAAUGGUGAAAAUGGUAUCACAAAACGAAUGGCGACAGGCGGAAAUUAUAUCGAGAAGUCGGGCGCAGAAUGGAAUGAUGAAGUUUUAUGUGCAUUAUAUUGAUUGUAACAGGAGGUUAGGGAUUUUUGCAGAGAGUAGGGGUUUAUCAAGAGUUUAUUAUUGAAAAUCAACAAAAAAAUUAAAUUUAACUCCAAGAUCGUUUGAGUUCUUCAAAAUGAUCAAUUUGUUUUGGAUUUUUCUCCGUUAUAAUUUGAUUUUUGAAUCUCCAACAAGUUAUUAGGAAAAACCACGGAAAUAAAGUAGAAUCGAAGUUCCAUAACUGCAAAACAUUAAAAGUUUCAAUCUCACUUUAUUCACCAACUCACCAAAUUAUAUAGAAAAUAAAAUUGUGUCAUUUCAAACGGUAUUAUCCAUGCUUUGACAGAAAUCGCUCCAAAAAUAAUAAACUUGAAAAUAAUUCCAGUAACUGAAGCUGGUAUAAAUGACUUCAUUAAUUUCAAACUUGAAAACAGUUCAUAUCUUCGAUUCAGGCAAAUUGAUCCACGUGUUUUCCUGAACCAUUUUUGAGAUAUUGAAUAGAGUUUGAUCUCGAGAACUGUAUUGGCAACGUUUACUAGAACUAUAAAAAAUAGACCAAGUGGUUUCAAAUAAGAACUAUUGAUUGCAUAGGCAUAAAACAGUCCGACUGGAAUUACAGAUCCAAUAAGAGAAACCCAUCUUAUUUUUGAAAAACUUUUACUGUUAAUUUCGUUUCUGUCACUAUCAAUAUUGACAAGAAAAUUGAGACGAUCUAGAUAAGAGUGAUAUAUUAAUUAUCUAUGUCACAAAUUAAAAACUCACUGAUAUUCAAAAGAAUAUGAAAAUAUGAAGCACUCAUAACACUGAAUCUAUGCAUAUCCGUGAUAAAUUUCCGUUGUUCCGCACAGUUUUGAUUUUCAAAAUAUGAACCAGUUAAAUAAUAACAAAUUGUUGUUGAAGUCAAAAAACAAAACAUAAUCAAUGUGUAACUUAUUGAUAGAAGAAAUAAAAGAAGUCGAGCAUAUUGAUUGACUUUUUUCGGACAAACAAAAAGCUUGAUGAAAUAAAAAUGGGAGAUGAAUCCAAUCGAACAAACUGUUAUGUGGAGAAGUAGGAUUAAAUCAUAGAACAUUUUUUGCACGUUGAGAUAAAAUGAAAAAUAAUUAUUAUGAGCUAAUGAGAUGAAUGAGUAAGACAAAUUAUUCAAUGAACUGAAAAAAUAAUCGGUGCAAAACGUGACGAAAUUUGAGACUGAUUAGUGAUUGAUUUUCCCGCUGAUCAGAACGUUUUUGUGAAAAAGUUGUGACGUGGAAAUUUUGCCCCAACUUUUUUCUACAAUUCAAAUUCAAAAUAAAUUGAUAUUCAGCUCCAACUAGAAUUGUAAAAACAGUAUAUUCGCGUAGACGAAUACACAGAUUUGAAACUUCAAAAUAAUAGUUUUGAUGCCGAAAUUAAGCAUUUUAAAUGAAUUAAAAAUUUAAAAGUUAGGCGUUGAAAGAUCCAAAACAUUCUGUAUUUUUCAGACUUGACGAAUGGGUGACAGAAGAUUUGAUCGAUUUAUCAUCACUAAAAAUGCCUCAAAGAGGCGGCAAAAAAGGCGGCGCUGGUGGACAUAAAGGAGGCGAUGAUGCUCCCGAUGCACACGAUUCGAAAAAAUCGCAAGGACGAAAACGAAAAAUUCCCCUACUACCUGUGGAAGUUGAAACGAAGCCUGAAACAGCCCCCGAUGCUUUGCCAACUCCUGCAGUUCCCAGUGGAUCUAGUGAGUGUUUUCAAGCCGAACAUGUUGAAUUCAAACAUAGAUAGUCUUCCCUUUUAAACAAGAAUAUCAUAAAAAACAUUAAGCCCAUUUUGGAGUGAAAAGCAAAAGCUUUUAGAGCGCCCUCAAAUAAUUGGCAAAGAAAAUGUGGUGUUCUCAUUUUUCGAAAUCUGUUUUAAAAAAGCAAUGAGCUUCAGUAUUUUAAUUGAAAUCUUCACAUCUGUUUUCUGUAAUAUUCAUAGAACUUCUAUUUUUUGGCUGAAAGAUUAAUUUUUAAAAAAGUCUGGAAAUUAUUUGUAGUUUCGAUCAUCAAACAAAAAUUUAGAAACAUGCGUCAUAGAAAUUUUUUCUUCCCAAACUGAAUUAAAUUUCUCAUUUUGAAAACCUGGAAACUUUUCUUAUCUAAAGUUUGCUUGAAAACCAUUUACCUGACUAAACAUUUUCAAUCUUCUAAUAUAUAUUUUCAGCCCCAAGUCUUCGCGGUUCAAUGUCAAUGGUCGGUCAUUCUGAAGACGCAAUGACUCGAAUCCGAAACAUUGAUUGUAUCGAACUUGGCAGAUCUCGAAUUCAACCCUGGUAUUUCUCUCCGUAUCCACAACAACUUACACAUCUCGAUUGCAUUUAUAUUUGCGAAUUUUGUUUGAAAUAUUUGAAAAGUCAGACGUGUUUGAAGAGGCACAUGGUGAGAAAAUUUGAAUGGAUUUUUGGCGGCCGAAAAUCUUAAAUUCUGCAUAAAAUUAUCACAAAACCUUAUUUUUUGCAGCAAAAAUGUCAAUUGUGUCAUCCGCCUGGAAAUCAAAUUUAUAGCCACGAUAAAUUGUCUUUCUUCGAAAUCGACGGCCGAAAAAACAAAUCCUAUGCCCAAAAUCUUUGCCUGAUUGCCAAAUUAUUUUUGGAUCACAAAACCCUUUAUUAUGACACUGAUCCAUUUCUAUUCUAUGUUUUGACUGAAGAAGAUGAAAAAGGACAUCAUAUUGUUGGAUAUUUUUCGAAGGAAAAAGAAUCGGCUGAAGAAUAUAAUGUGGCGUGUAUUUUGGUGUUGCCACCAUUUCAGAAAAAAGGAUAUGGAAGUUUGUUGAUUGAGUUUAGUUAUGAAUUGUCGAAGAUUGAGCAGAAAACGGGAUCUCCAGAGAAACCGCUAUCUGAUUUGGGAUUGGUAAGUUUUUUGAAAACAUCUGAAUUUAGCACCCUAUUUUCAAAAUUAAGAAAAUAAAGCUUUGAUGCCAAAAUUCGAAAGCCCAAUAUUUUUACAGCUAUCAUAUCGAUCUUAUUGGUCAAUGGCAAUUAUGAAGGAACUAUUCGCUUUUAAGCGAAAUUUCGGAUUUGAUCGAGAAAUUACAGUUCAGGAUUUGAGUCAGGCAACAGCUAUUAAACGUGAAGAUGUUGUAUCCACGUUGCAGGUGAGUUAUGGCGUGGAAUCUAAGGAAAACAUAAAGGGAAUACUAGGAAUUUUCGGAACCUGAUCCUAAAAAAUAUUUAUGAACAACAAUUUUCAUUUUUUUAAAUUCAAAGCGUGACCUCAUUUUUUCCACAUAUUUUUAUUAUCAAAUAACUAAUUUUUUUUUAAAUCUGAUGUGAGCAUUUUUGAUAUUCGCAAUUGCCUGAAAAUGUGAGAAAAUUCAAGAUUUUUCUCUAGAAAAUCUACUUUUUGUUUCAGCAACUCGAUUUAUACAAAUACUACAAAGGUCAAUAUGUGAUAGUAAUCAGCGAUGAAAAACGACAAGUUUACGAGAAACGAAUUCAGGAUUCGAAGAAGAAGUUGCGCAUUAAUCCGGCCGCUUUGCAAUGGAAACCCAAAGAGUUUGGAAAAAAGAGGGUACGUUUUUUGUUUUUUCCUAUAUAUAUAUCCAAUAUAUUUAUUAUUUUUCCAGACUCAAAGUAUUUUUUAA